CACUCUAGUAUCUACAUUCUUCACUCAACACUCACUUUUUCUCUAAUUCCUUAUUUCUCUCAACUAAUUUCAAAUUAUGACUCGCAAAAUUCUCUUAACAGUUACAUUGAUCUGCAUUUUCUCUCUCGGCGUCGGUGGCCAAUCUCCGGCCACCGCGCCGAGCCAUUCUCCUUCUAUAUCUCCUCAAAAGCCUAAAUCCACAUCUCCCGCCAUUUCUCCAUCGCCGGAAUUAACUCCCACGACGGAGGCUCCGACGCAGACUCCGGUGGAACCACCCGUCCAGGCUCCUCCUUCUCCUACACCUGAGGCUUCUUCUCCGCCAGCUCCUUCACCGGAGGCUGAUACACCUUCUGCUCCGGUGGAUGCACCAACAGCUGAUGUUCCAGCUCCAGCUCCGAGCAAACAUAAGAAGAAGCAUAAGACCGCCCCGGCUCCUGGACCAGCUUCGGAGAUUUUAAGCCCGCCUGCUCCGCCCGGGGAAGCUCCUGGUCCUGGACCAAGCGAUGCUUUCUCCCCCGCCGCUGACGAUCAGAGCGGAGCAGAAAGAAGAAGUGUGAUACAAAAUGUGAUGGUGGGAGCUGCGGCAAUAGCAUGGCCUCUUCUUGCUCUAGCCUUCUAAUAAAUUUUUUUUUUGUUCUUUCAGUUUCAAUUCUUAAUUUUAUUUAUUUUUUUAUCUUUUUUAUCCUACCAUAUUUGUCUCCCUCGAUACAGCUCACAUUUUGUAUUCAGCAUUUUAUAUACUACCUGUUUUUUUUAUGUUACAAAUGAUAAUUUUCAUACA